UGGAAAUACUCGAAAGUCCUAUAGAUGGUUGAAUGCACACUUCCAGAAAGUGGUGCAGAAUUGGUUCAGAUCAAUCUAACGAAUUAGUUAGGAGACAGUUUCCGAGAAGAAUUGAUGCUGCUAACCUCGCUUUCGAAGAAGACUUCUUCUUGAGGAGGAGAAGUCCUUGCCGCUGCAAAUAUCCAUCUACUCUGAGAAUCCUCUGCCCUUUGUGCUCGGAGAAGAAGGAUCAGCCCUGCACUGCGAUGUCGUCGUGGAUACUAGCAGGCUUGGGAUCGCUCGGAGAGGCUUUCAUCGGGAGCUUGAUAGAAAAGAUCAGCGACGAUGCGAUCCCGAGGUUGUCGGAGGUGUUCGGAGUCGGAGCUAAGCCCGGAGACGGAACUGACCUCCUCAAGCUGAAGACUACUCUUACCGGGACAAAGCACAUCAUCGGUAGAGUCGAGAACAUGUGGAUUAAAGACGAAGACACGAAAAAGCAAUUGAAGGAAUUGGUGAUGGAACUGAAGGACACUGCUUAUGACGCUGAGGACUUGCUUGACGAGAUCCAGUUCCGGGUUCUGAAGAAACAGAUGGAGCAACAAGGAGCUCAGGGUGAUGAGGCAAGCAACCAAUCAUCUUCUUCUUCUUCUGGUCUCUUUCCUUGGAAAAAGAUGAAAAUUUCGGUUCCUAAAUUUACCAGUCGCUUCUUCGGUAGAGAAGAUGAUGUGAAUAGAGUGAGGGAAAAUCAGAUGAAGUUAGAUAAAAUCACUACUUGCAUCGAGGAUCUCAUUACUACAUUAGAUGCUGAUGAGAAACAGAUUAUAACGUCAGUAGUGCCCCGAACCACCACUUCCUUUCCCAUAGAAACUCAAGUAUUCGGACGAGAGGAACAGCUGAAUCACCUUCUGGGACUGUUGGUGCAAUCUGCCGACGGAUCCGGAUCUAGCGACGGUGGCAUCUCUACCUUAGCUAUUGUUGGGAUCGGAGGGGUCGGAAAGACAACUCUUGCUCAGCAAGCCUACAACCACGAGAGGGUGAAGGACUAUUUUCAGCAUGAGGUCUGGGUCUGUGUAUCAGACAACUUCAACGUGGAAAGGCUUACCAAAGAGACCAUAGAAUCCAUAACCGAGAAUAAGUGUGAUCUCAGCAACCUUGAUACACUUCAAGUGGUUCUUAAGAAGAAGUUGACCUCAAAAAGGUUCCUGCUUGUCCUCGACGAUGUGUGGAACGAGGACAGCCUGAAAUGGGAAAGAUUUUGUGCACCGUUGAGGUACGGAGAACCAGGAAGCAAGAUUUUGAUUACAACUCGCUCUAAAAUGAUUGCAGAAAUGGUCGGCAAUCCGAUCCCUCUAGGAGGUCUGGAUGAAACCAGCUAUUGGAAAUUGUUCAAAAAAUGUGCAUUUGGUUCCGAAGACGAAGGUGAAUUUCCACAGCUAGAAGCCAUAGCAAAGAAGAUCGCUGGCAGAUUGAAGGGGUUGCCACUUGCGGCAAAGACGGUAGGCGGGUUGUUGAAGGCGCAGAUGACUGAGAAGCACUGGAGAAACAUCGCAGGGAGUGAAAUAUGGCAACUACUGCAAGACGAAGAAGGUGUGCUGCCAGUCCUACAACUGAGCUAUCGAUGUCUUCCCCCACACCUUAAGCGGUGCUUUAUUUUUUUUUCCCUGUUCCCCGAAGAUUGUCGAUUUUAUGAACCAGACUUGAUUCGGCUUUGGAUGGCAGAAGGCUACGUUGCUCAAGACAAUAUGAAAGACAAUAUGACGCUGGAGGCUAUAGGAAGCGGUUACUUCCGUGAUUUAGUGAACAGAUCUUUCUUUCAGGAAGCUCCUUGGGGAUCGGCAUAUGUGAUGCAUGACCUGAUACACGAUCUUGCUCACUUUAUUUCAGAGGGGGAGUUUUGCAGGAUCGAUGAUGAUGAGUCGAAAGAGAUCCCUAGGACGACUCGUCAUCUGUUAGCAACAUUAACCAAUGGAACUAAGUUAAUGGGGCUCUCCUGUUAUGAUAAAUUGCGGACUCUCAUGAUCAAUUACAAAAGUCAUUGGUAUGGCUUUGGAGUCAAGGGCUCUUUGUUCCCUCGGUUUGAAAGAUUAAAAAACAUUCGAGUAUUGAUAUUGCAGAGCUGCGGCUUGCGAGAGUUGCCAGAGACAAUUGGUGGCUCGAUACACCUCCGCUACCUUGACAUAUCCCACAACCGUUACAUUAGGAGGCUGCCAAAGUCAUUAUGUGGUCUUUACAAUUUACGAGUACUGGAUCUGCAGGCCUGUGAACUACAGAGUUUCCCACACGGCAUGAGCAAGUUGAUCAACUUGAUGCAUCUUAAUGCGGAAGACGAAAUAAUUUCCGAUAUAAAUGAUGUUGGGAAGCUGACUUCUCUUCAAGGAUUAUCUUCGUUCAAAGUACUCAAGGAUCAGGGACGCGAGGUUGCCCAACUAGGCGGUCUGAAACAGCUUCAUGGACAACUUCGAAUUUCCAACCUUGAGAACGUUGAGAGUAAACAAGAAGCAAGCAAGGCUAAUCUGAACAACAAACAGUACCUUGAUGCACUAGCCUUAGAAUGGACAUCGGAUGAUGGCUCCAGUUUAGACGGCAAUGAAUUAGUUUUGUCGGAGGAGGGUACAUUGGUGUCAGAUCACCCAGUUGGCUGCAGGCACAAUUGUUAG